GGAAUCCAAAGAAAUCAUAAGUUUUCUUUAAAAAUACAACUGUAAUAAAACACUAGCAUUAUAUCAUAAAAAACAAGUACUUAAGAAGAACAAUUAAUAAUUCAGAAUCUCUAAAAAAAUAAGAAUGGCGGGUAACUAAAUAAGUUUUGUACUACAUGUAAGCAAUUUACCGGAGGAUGACCCAUGAAAGCAAUAAUGUGCUUAUUUCCAAUGGGGUCCUCAUAGAUUGUAAUAGUAAUUUACCUACUUAGCACUAAAUGCUAUGAUAUAAAUAAGAAUAAAUAAAACAUAAAUAAAUAAGAUAAUAUGUAUGUUUAAAGAAACUAAUAUAAUUGUAUAAUUUUCCUUACAACAACUCGACUUGUAAUUUUUUCCCCAGAAUUGAAAUUGGUGAUUAAUUUGUUUUCCUUACAUCACAGAAAAAUGGCUUCACCUGCAUAUGCAUUGGUACUUUUUGAUGUUGAUGGAUGCACUGCUAUCGUGGAAACCAAGAAAUUGGUUCUUGGGUGAAACGAACUUGUCAGGGGCCUACAGUGUCAUAUGAAACUUGGUACAGAGAAGCUGAACGUCGAGAUCCUGCAAAUAUCAGAUUCAAAGAGACAGCUUAACACAUUUGAAGAUGACUGGAGCACAUCCCAUCGCUCUAUCGCAUUGGAUCGAGAGAAGAAGAAAAGACGAAACCAACCUGAUGGAUACCUUUCUGUAUGGCCACAGGAUAUGGAGGAUGUUGUGGGUGAGGAAGUUCAGCCUGCUCCAGUGGAACAGACCAAUGAUAAUGACCAACCUAAUGAAGCAGCCCCAACCAGAAAAACAAAAGGAAAGGCAAAAGAGAAAACAGGUUCCAAAGGCAGGAAAAUUACAGUGCUCCAUGAGGGUUCCGGCGACUUUUCAUCAGAUACAACAUCACCAAAACGUGCUCCCUGCUUUUUGGAGGAAGUUAAUGGUGAUGAGCGAGAUCUAAUCAAUCUCCAGAUUAGGCAACAUCAAGAAGGACUACGGAAUGUGUCAGUCCAGACAGAGAAGGUUGUGGUCCUUGGAACAGAAGAUGUGUUGCCACCUCUGAUGGCAGAGACUUUCAGUGCAAUGACCAAGACCUUGGGCCAAAUUCAAAAGGAACAACAGGCAACAAAGGCCCUAAUUCAGGAUUUAAUGGGGGAAAUAAAGACACUGAAGGAAAAUCAGCUGUCCAGACCAUCACUGGGAGGUCUUUUGUCCACAAGUGAUUUGCCCGAGUUGACGGUCAACACAUCAAUGGACAAGUUGGUGGAGACAGUCCAAGAACUGGAAGAAUCUCUCUCAACCAAACCACCACAACGGACUAGUGAGCCAGAGACAGAGAAUGAUGAUAAAGAGGAGCCACUUCCUAAACUGGUGAAGAGACCACGGCAAAACAAGACUGCAAGUGCUACACAUAGUAUACCACUCGCAACAUCAAGUGCCAGAAAACAGAAUACCACAAGUCCAGUUGAUACGUCAGCCAAAACCAGCCACAGUUUUCCCUCCACUACGACAAGUGCUUCAUCAGCAACAACAGUGUCAACUCACAGCUCAACAUCUACCACAAGUUCCCCAUCAGCCGUCACCAAUACAACCAUGUCACCUUACAGCUCAACAUCUACCACAAGUUCCCCAUCAGCCAUCACCAAUACAACCAUGUCACCUCACAGCUCAACAUCUACCACAAGUUCCCCAUCAGCCAUCACCAAUACAACCAUGUCACCUCACAGCUCAACAUCUACCACAAGUUCCCAAUCAGCCAUCACCAAUACAACCAUGUCACCUCACAGCUCAACAUCUACCACAAGUUCCCCAUCAGCCAUCACCAAUACAGCAACGAUGUCAACUCGCAGCUCAACAUCUACAACAACCAGUUCCCCAUCAGCCAUCAACAAUACAACAGUGUCAACUCGCACCUCGCUAUCUACUACAUCCAGUUCCCCAUCAGCAAACACUGAUACAGCAACGGUUUCAUCUCCUCAAGACCCAACAUCCACCGCAAGUUCUCCAUCUUUGGCAAUACGUGCUUCACCUCCAACUAAAAGUGUCAUGUCAACCUUCAGUAGCCCUCCAUCCAUCAACAGUACAUCGUACAGCACCAAUGCCCAAAAUACUUCGUCUGCCACCACCAGUAUCAGCAACACUCCACCAGCUUCUUCUUUAACAACAAUUAACAUGUCGCAAGCAGCUGCUAUUUUACCAGCUUCCAUGAUCGAGUCCUCCCCAAGUCCAUCCACAAACAAGAAGACAAUAAGAUUCAACUGCUUUCCUGGACCUAUCAUUGAGAUAGAUGGACCACAAGAUGUUUGCGGAACACCAGAAGAUGCUGAGUUCAGAAUUAGGCAAAAAACAUUGAUGUCAACAUCUUCUGCUGCAUGUUCAAAGCCCAACUUUGGCUGGAUUUUAGUCCAGAAGAUUUACAGCAAAGAAGAGCUGAUCGGAAGAAAUUUCUUCGGCAACAGAAAAAACAUCCCUGCCAUUUCACCAAGAAGGCGCCAUGCCAUAGAACACGCUGUAGCCGAAAUGUAUGGUUCCAAUGAAGCCCAUUUAAAAGAGGUUAUAUCUGGAAUCAACACCGGACUCCGAAAAAUGCGAAGUAGACGACUACCAUUCACAUCUUUGGAGAAUAUUUAACUAAAUAAAAAAGUUGUGAAGUGGAACAUUUAAGUCUAGUGGAUGCUUG